AUGUUAAGACGCGUCUGGCUUCGUAGCAGUCGAACUCAAAUCGCUGGGCUGCGCAAUUAUCAAACGCAACAACCCAAUGUUCUUGGAGGGAUACCUCCUCCUCUGAAGGGAAUUCGAAUUUUGGACUUGACGCGGGUCUUAGCUGGCCCGACAGCGACAAUGCUCCUUGCAGAUCUGGGCGCCGACGUAAUUAAAAUCGAGGAAAUUACCCGUGGCGACGACACUCGCUCGUGGAGUCCUCCUUCAGCGCCCCUUCUCGAGUCAGCACCUCCGGACAGCACCCCCGAAUCAGCCUACUUCCUCGCUGUCAAUCGAAACAAACGUUCGAUGACAUGCAACUUCAAAGACCCUGCUGGGCUGGAAAUAAUACACAAACUAGUGGCGCGGUCAGAUGUCCUAGUUGAGAAUUUUGUCUCUGGGAAGCUGGCAUCGAUGGGCCUGGGUUUCGAGGACUGCAAGAAAAUCAAUCCCCGUCUCAUCUACGCGUCAAUAACCGGAUAUGGUCAAACCGGCCCAUACCGAACAGCCGCAGGAUACGAUGUUAUUGUAGAGGCAGAGGCAGGUCUGAUGCAUAUUACUGGCGAGUCCAAUCGUCCACCUUCGAAGGUUGGAGUCGCUUCAACCGACAUUGCAACUGGAUUGUACGCCCAUGGAGCCAUUAUGGCCGCGCUCAUUUCUCGGCAGCAAACUGAUGAAGGUGUUUGGAUUGACUGUAACCUCUUCGAAACCCAAAUCGCUGGUCUAGCGAAUAUAGCGUCAAAUUACCUCAUCGCAGGCAAAGAGGCCUCUCGACAUGGGACAGCGCACCCGUCUAUCGUACCUUACCAAGUAUUUCAAUGCCGCGACAGUUUUCUUAUGAUCGGCGCUGGGAAUAACAAGCAGUUUGCCAUCCUCUGCGACAAGGUUCUCGACAACCCCGGGCUAGCGGCGGAUGCGCGUUUCGCGACCAAUGCAGCCCGUGUUGCGAAUCGGGAAGAACUUUUGCGUAUCAUUGAAGAAGCAUUAAUGAAGCAAGAUCGGGCACACUGGCUAGAACGGUUCACUGGCUUGGGCGUCCCAUUCGCCCCAAUAAAUAACAUCGCUCAGACGUUUUCGCAUCCUCAGGCCAUUGCUCGUGGCAUCACAGUUGAAGUCGAGCAUCCCACAUCCGGGACACUCAAGUUGGUCGCACCAGCAGUAUCCUACAACGGGGAACGGAUGAAAGUCCAUCGACAUCCACCAAUGUUGUCUGAGCACACGUCGGAGGUAAUGGCCGAGCUGGGUUACACACCAGAACAAAUUGAGGACCUACGCGAGAGAUCUGUCAUAUAA